AUGGCCUUGAAUCCCAUACAUUCAUCACCAGGGCGCACCUGCGCCUCUUCCUCAAGCCCUUCAAAAGCACACAGCCACUCACUGAGCAAUCUCCCAUCGAAGAGAACAUUUCGUCUCAAGGAGACCCCUGCCAGGGAACUUCUUUGUCUUGAGUGGUCCCAACCACCCAGGAAUUUUUUGCUAGUCAAAAAGGAUUGCUCCGACGCAACAACAGAUGCUCUUCUGGAUUUUAUCAGGCAUGUCUCAUCGACGUAUCCCGAUGUGAACAUCGUGGUCGAGCCCCGGGUCUCGGCCGGAAUUGGGGACGAGCUCCUCGGACGCCACUUUACAUUGCCGGAAGCCGCUCACUCACACUCGCAAUAUCAAGACAAAGUCGAUCUUGUCGUCACCUUCGGCGGUGACGGAACCAUCUUGCACGCAGCAUCCCUGUUCGCCACCUCCUCCCACGUGCCGCCCAUCCUUUCAUUCAGCAUGGGUACUCUCGGGUUUCUGAGCGAAUGGAAGUUUUCCGAAUACAAGCGGGCCAUCCGCGAAGUAUACAUGUCAGGUGCUGCUUCUGAACGACACGCCGUCAUUGAGAAUGAACCUUGCAACGACUUAGACUGUUCAAACGAUUACACAGGCUGGUCAUCUGUCCGUGGUAAAUCGAUGGGGCCGGGAAGAGGUGCAAGAGUCUUGGUUCGACAACGUCUGAAAGUGGGCGUCUUCGAUGCAGACGGCAACCGCCUCGGCAGUAAUGGAGGCGUCUCAGACGAUAUGUAUGCGAUGAACGAGGUCAUAAUACACAGAGGUCAAAAUCCUCAUCUCGCCAUCGUCAAUGUUUAUGUCGGCGGCCGAUUUCUCACUGAAGCAGUCGCCGAUGGCAUGAUUGUUUCCACGCCUACUGGAAGCACAGCAUACAGUCUCAGCAGUGGCGGAAGUAUCGUUCAUCCCCUUGUUCCUUCUUUGUUGUUGACGCCAAUCUGUCCCCGGAGCUUGAGUUUUCGGCCUCUUGUUCUGCCAGCCACCACCCCAAUCACCUUAAAACUAAGUGACAAGAACAGAGGCCGGGAUGUCGACGUCAGUAUCGAUGGCAUGAGGCGCACGCAAGGCAUCGGAGUCGGCACAGAGGUCCGAGUGUCUGGUGAGGAGAUAACAACCGACUCAGGAGCCUUCACUGGCGGCAUUCCCUGCAUAAUGCGAACCACCAGUGCAGGUGCCGAUAAGGAUGAUGGCUGGGUGGGCGGAUUGAACGGCCUGUUGAAGUUCAACUAUCCUUUUGGCGAAGAGAAGUGA